AUGCUUAUGCUAGAGAGAGAUGAAGAGACAGCUGGGACUUUAUUUCUGUCGAGAUGGAAGGUUCUGGUCUGGGCUGGACUGGAGAUGCCCGGGCUGGACUGGAAACGCCUGGGCUGGACUGGACCGUUGACAACCUUGACUGCUAGGCUUCAACUUGUAAAUCGAUACCAAAGGCUGAUUCUGGCAGAGCUUCAAUGUACCUCAUGCUUUUGUGAAGCUUUUGAGUGGGCAGAACUGCAGUUUUCUCAGUCUGCACGGGCAGGAGUGACUGUUUUUUUUUAG